ACUUCUUGAAAAUGUCGAUUUUGAAGCUAUGUUUUGAAGAUUUGUUGUUGUCUUGGGUAUCACUGAAUACCGUUACCGCGAAAUUAGGGCACUCUGUUCCUGUCCAAGAUGUUGUUUUCCGAUGAUUUUUUUCUUUGAAAUUAAGCACCGCGAGAAUAGGGUCCCACGUAUGUAUAGUAUAUGGAUAUGCAUAACUUAUAUUUGUCGGGUAAUAGUACCAUUCGGCAUAUUAUUCACUAAACCUGAGGUAGGGGUUUUGAAAUCUCAUUAGCACAACUUCUUUCAACUACAACCAGAGAGCAGAGUUGCUUCCCUUGGAAAGCCUGAAAAUAUUGACAUGAUUACCUUUCUAUCAGCUGACCGUUGCAAGUCAACAUUGAUCGUUAGGAAUUUAUUACUUGCUCAGUUGUUUAUCAUUAAUUAUAAUGAUGAGUUGAAAAAUAAUUUUGCUCAAGUUAGAUUACAAUCUGGUUAUGUGGAUUAUGAAUGUUAACUGAACCUAAGUUCAGCCAGCUAAACUUUGUGUGCUUAUCAGCUGGCUGAACUAACUAAACUUGUGGCCACUAGAGUUUUAAACAUUCUUUUUAUCUCUGCCUCAGGUAAAUAUGCUAAACAAAAAUACUGAAGUACCCACCCAAUUUUCAAUAUUGAAGUAUGUAAUGUUACGAUCCAUAUAAUACUUAAUUAUUGAAUAUUGGGGUUGUCCUGAAGGUAUUUUGUUGAGUAUAACAACACUGGAGUUUAUCAACUGACAUUUACCAUUCUGACUAGAUGAUAACAUGAUCUCUAAACAGUGUCAUAUACACUAUAUUCAUUAAACAAACAUCUACAAGCUUAGAUCUGCUUCUUCGACAAAUAUAGAGUAAACGGGAAUUUAUCACAAGACUAACAAGUGCAUGUUUAUAAAUUAAUUUGAGUAAAUAUUUUUAUUCAGUCAUAACAUGUUUUAUUAGGUCGUUGAACCUUUUUCUAUUGCCCUUUUGGCAUUUAAUGCAUUAGUUUUUUGGUUUGUUAUUUUCCCUCGGGGGUAUUAAAAUGGGGUCUAUGCACCAGUCCGUAACAUUCUUUUAGGAGCAACCAUAUACAUAAACAUCUUCAAAUUAAAAUCUAUUUGCCAGUUGCAUGUGAUGUAGCUUGACCAUGUGAGCUGCUUGUUUUUAAUUCUAUGGAGGGGUAAGGGAAGAGUACGCGUGACAGUCUCCUCCGGACAUGCAUUGACUAUGAUUUGUUAACCCUGUUCACAGGUGAAAAAUGGAUAAGAUUGUUAGUCAAAAAACAAUCAGACGCAGAGCAUCAUCUCAAACGGCUCGUAUACUUGCACAUUAUGAAAGUACACCCGACAGCGAGAAUGUUCCCAAUAAUGAGAUUUAUUAUCAUGAAGAUGUCUCUGAAUUUGAUAAACAUUGUCAAGGAGGGAAUAUCCACAUGAACACUGACGAUGAAGGUGGUGAUGGUGAUGAAGAUGGUGACAGUUUUAGAGAAACCAGUGUUAGCAGCUCAGAGCAUGACUCUGAUGGAGAGCUCGACAUUAGGGAGAAAUUGAAGCAGUGGGUGCUUGAUAGUGGGACACCUUAGUGUCACACUAAUAAACUGCUGGAUAUCUUGAGGCCAUUUUUUCCAUCUUUGCCAAAAGACAGUCGUACACUGUUAGGAACAAAACGGUAUUUUGACAUAGAGGAGGUAUCUGGUGGAAAAUUUCACUAUUUUGGACUGGCUAAUACCCUUAAAUCAAAAUUGGAUCAGUUAAAUCCUGAUGGAUGUGACACACUUACCUUACAGAUAAAUAUUGAUGGUCUGCCUCUAUUUAAGAGUAGCACAGAGGGAUUUUGGCCUAUUUUGGCAUUAAUCAAGGAAGAAGUGGAACCAGAACCCUUUGUUGUGGCAUUGUGGGUGGGAAAAUCAAAACCAAAAGAUUCCAAUGAGUUUUUGACAAGAUUUGUUGAUGAAAUGAAAGACAUUGAAUGUAAUGGAGUCAAACUGAAUGGAAAGACCUAUAGUGUGACAAUUCUCAAUUUUGUCUGCGAUGCACCAGCACGUGCCUUUGCAAAGAAAACAAAAGGCCAUUGUGGAUACGAGGGGUGCGAUUUUUGUGUACAGCACGGUGUUUAUAGAGACAGAAGGAUGACUUUUCCAGAAGUUGAUGCUCCAGCAAGAGCUGAUGUUGCUUUUGAUGAUAUGCAGUACCUUGAAACAGGACAUCAACUUGAUAAAUCUGUAUUAUCUCAACUCAACAUAGGUCUAGUGACUCAAUUCCCACAUGACUAUAUGCAUAUAGUAUGCUUAGGUGUUGUUAAGAAAAUAACUGUACUGCUCACCAGUGGUCCACUACAUGUGCGUAUUGGAGGUAAUGCAAAAAAACUGAUUUCAGAAACUAUUGUGAAUUUGGGCAGAUUUUUGCCGCGCGAGUUCAUACGGAAGGGCAGGCCUCUCACAGAAGUUGAAAGAUGGAAAGCUACAGAGUUUAGGACGUUUCUGUUGUAUACUGGCCCAGUUGCCCUCCGUGGCAAGAUUUCACAAGCUCUCUACAAUAACUUUUUAUUGUUGUUUGUAAGCAUCAGGAUUCUGUCAAGUGAACAGUUUUGUUACUUGUUUAAUGAAUAUGCAGAGCAGUUGCUGAAAGUCUUUGUACAGAAUGUAAGUGACAUUUAUGGACAACAAGCAGUCAUUUACAACAUCCAUGGAAUAACUCACCUUGCUUCUCAGUGUAGGUUGUUUGGCACACUUCACAAUUUCUCCGGCUUUCCUUUUGAAAAUUUCUUGCAAAAAAUAAAAAAACUCAUCCGCAAACCCAACUUGCCACUUGAACAGGCUAUACGGCGUAUGGAUGAAAGAAAAGGUGUUCUGAAAACUCCAAAAAUGUCACCAAACAUUUACUGCAGAAAAAAGCACCAAAAAGGUCCCAUUCCUGAGGAUAUUGCUUCAUCAUGUGAUCAGUAUGAACAGAUUGUAAUGAAUGCUUACCUUCUAUCCCGUAAAGCACCUGACAAUGCUAUCAUUGUUGGUGACAAAACAUAUGUCAUUAAGAAUAUUUUGGUACACAACAACCACCGAAAACUUGUUUGUCAGGAAUACAAAGAGCAAGUAGAAUCCUUCUUUCAGUAUCCAUGUGAUUCUAAAUACCUUAAAAUAUCUGUUGUUAAAAACUAUGAGGUCGAUUAAAACAAAUUAAUCCAGAAAGCAUAUCUACCAAAGCUGUACUGAUGCCUUUUGAGUCAGGAUAUGUUUCACUUCCAAUGCUGUAGUCUUGGUGAUCUAUAGCUUGUUUUUAUAUUGUAUUGUCCAAAUAGUGCUUUCAGUAUUAUCUCUCCAUACUAGUUUUAGUGGUAAUUGUGAUAUUCUAG